GGCUGCGGUCGGAGCCCAGCCCUGGCGCAGUCCCUGCCGCGCCGAUCCGGGCCGAGCCCCUCCGAUCCGGGCCGGGCCGAGCCGAGUCUGGUCGAGCCUAGCCGAGUCUAGCCGAACCGGGCCGGGCCGAGCCGAGCCGAGCCAGGUCGGGCCGGGCCGGGCCGAGUCGGGCCAGGCUGGGCCGAGCCUAGCCGGGCCGAGCCGCGGCGGCGAUGCGCGCUCCCGCCCCGCCGGCACCGGCUGCCCGCGGCGGCGGCUGAACCGAACCGGCUGGUGCGAGGCUGCCUUGCGGGCUGAGCACCGUGGGGCCGUGGGGGCGCCACCAUGGCGAAGCGGGAGCCCAGCACCAGCCCCGUGGUGCGGCAGAUUGACAAGCAGUUCCUGGUGUGCAGCAUCUGCCUCGACCGCUACCGCAACCCCAAGGUGCUGCCCUGCCUGCACACCUUCUGCGAGAGGUGUCUCCAGAACUAUAUCCCGCCCCAGAGCCUGACCCUGUCCUGCCCCGUGUGCCGCCAGACCUCCAUCCUGCCUGAGAAGGGUGUCGCGGCCCUGCAGAACAACUUCUUCAUCACCAACCUCAUGGAGGUGCUGCAGCGGGACCCCGAGAGCGCCGGCCUCCACCCUGGUCCGGGGCUGGACCCCGUCAGUGCUGUCACUGGCCAGCCCCUCUCCUGCCCCAAUCACGAGGGCAAGGUGAUGGAGUUUUACUGCGAGUCGUGCGAGACGGCCAUGUGCCACGAGUGCACGGAGGGGGAGCACCGGGAGCACGUGACGGUGCCGCUGCGUGAUGUGGUGGAGCAGCACAAGGCGGCCCUGCAGCAGCAGCUUGAUGCCAUCAAGAGCAGGCUCCCGCAGCUGGCGGCAGCCAUUGGGCUGGUGACGGAGAUCAGCAAGCAGCUGGUGGACCGCAAGAAUGAAGCCGUGUCUGAGAUCAGCAGCACCUUCGAGGAGCUGGAGAAGGCUCUGCAGCAGCGGAAGGGCUUGCUGGUGCGGGACCUGGAGGCAACCUGUGGGGCUAAGCAGAAGGUGCUGCAGGCACAGCUGGAUGCCCUGCGCCAGGGCCAGGAGAACAUCCUCAGCAGCUGCACCUUCACGGAACAGGCGCUGCACCAUGGCACAGAGACGGAGGUGCUGCUAGUGAAGAAGCAGAUGAGCGAGCGGCUGAGCGAGCUGGCCAGCCAGGAGUUCCCCGAGCACCCGCACGAGAAUGACCAGCUUGACUAUGUGGUGGAGACUGAUGGCGUUCGCAAGUCCAUCCUGAACCUGGGCGUGCUCAUCACCACCAGCGCCACAGCACACAAGACGGUGGCCACGGGCGAGGGGCUGCGGCAUGCCGUAGUGGGGCAGCCCUCCUCGCUCAGUGUCACCACCAAGGACAAGGACGGGGAGCUGGUGCGCAGCGGCAGUGCCAGCCUGCGCUUCCAGGUGACGGCGCCGGAUGGCAGUGCUGCCGAGUCCGAGGUGCUUGAUAACAAGAACGGCACCUACGAGCUGCUGUACACACCACGCACUGAGGGUGACUUCCUGCUCUCCAUCCUGCUCUACGGGCAGCCCAUCCGCGGCAGUCCCUUCCGUGUCCGUGCUGUCAAAGCCUCUGACGUGCCUCCGUCCCCUGAUGAUGUCAAGCGCCGUGUGAAGUCGCCCAGCAGCGGGCACAUCCGGCAGAAGGCUGUGCGGCGCCCGUCCAGCAUGUACAGCAGCGGCAAGAAGAAGGAGAACCCCAUCGAAGAUGAGCUCAUCUUCCGUGUGGGAAGCCGUGGUCGGGAAAAGGGGGAGUUCACCAACCUGCAGGGCAUCUCCACCUCCAGCACAGGCCGCAUCGUGGUGGCCGACAGCAAUAACCAGUGUGUGCAGGUGUUUUCCAAUGAGGGCCAGUUUCGGCUGCGGUUUGGUGUGCGGGGCCGCUCCCCCGGCCAGCUCCAGCGGCCGACGGGUGUCACCGUGGACAUGAACGGAGACAUCAUCAUCGCAGACUAUGACAACCGCUGGGUCAGCAUCUUCUCCCCCGAGGGCAAGUUCAAGACCAAGAUUGGGGCUGGGAGGCUGAUGGGCCCCAAGGGCGUAGCUGUGGACCGCAAUGGUCACAUCAUCGUGGUGGACAACAAAGCCUGCUGCGUCUUCAUCUUCCAGUCUAAUGGCAAGCUCGUCACCAAGUUUGGGAGCCGUGGCACGGCUGAGCGGCAGUUUGCAGGUACACUCGAUGGGCCCCAUUUUGUGGCAGUCAACAACAAGAAUGAGAUCGUGGUGACCGACUUCCACAACCACUCCGUGAAGGUGUACAACGCGGACGGCGAGUUCCUCUUCAAGUUUGGGUCGCACGGUGAGGGGAAUGGGCAGUUCAAUGCUCCCACUGGGGUGGCCGUGGAUGCUAAUGGCAACAUUAUCGUGGCUGACUGGGGCAACAGCCGAAUUCAGGUCUUCGACAGCUCGGGCUCCUUCCUCUCCUACAUCAACACGGCCGCCGACCCACUGUAUGGGCCGCAGGGCCUGGCGCUCACCUCGGAUGGACACGUGGUGGUGGCCGACUCCGGCAAUCACUGUUUCAAGGCCUAUCGCUACCUGCAGUAGCUGCAGGGCCUGGGCCGUGCGCGGGGCGGCCCCGGUGCCCCUGUGCUGGAUGGGCCCGGGUGACCUCGGCUCUGGUGCCACGCACUGUGGGGCUGCGGAUCUGGGCUGGCAGCUCCGGCAUCCUAUGGUCACGUCUCUCCGGGCUGGCAGCUCCGGCGUCCCAUGGUCACGGCUCCCAGGCCAGCAGCUCCGGCGUCCUGGCUGCUCUGGCGUCCCAUGGUCACAGCUCCCGGGCUGGCAGCUCCGGUGUCCUGGCAGCUCCGGUGUCCUAGCAGCUCCAGCGUCCCACAGUCGCAGCUCUCUGGGCUGGCAGCUCCGGUGUCCUGCCAUCACUGCUCCUGGGCUGGCAGGUGCCCUGCGCCGUGGGGCACAGCAACCCAGGAUGGACGAGCACCAGACUUGGGGGGGCUCUGCCUGCCAUGGGGCACAGCAGCCCGGGUAGGAUGGGUGCCAGACUCAGGGGCUCUGCCUGCCCGCCCCUCGCCCCCUGCCCGCCGUGGGGCCGCUGUGGGGUGUGCCCCAUAGCGCUGCCCCCUGCCUGGCCCUUCACUGCACUUCACCCCUGCCGUGGGGGUGGCCGAGCCCAGAGCUGCGGCAAGGACGGGUCUGGCCCGGGUGCUAUGGGGUGCUGCGGGGCCUGGGGACAUGCUCGGUGCUCUGCCUCACGGCGGUGUCGGGCGGCCCCACUUUCUGGCUUCUGCUGCAGCAGAGACCUCCGUGCAGGGAGUGGCAGUGCUGUGGGGUGCUGGGCACUCAUGGGGGCCCAAUGCCCUGCCUGGGCCAUGGGGCAGGCGCAUGGAGUGGGGCACCGGCACCCCAUGACCCGGCCACCUGGAGGGUCCCGCUGCCGGCACAGCUCACGCCGCCUUGCUUGCGCGGCCCCAUGGCCCCGCUCCCCAGCUUCGAGCCCAGCCUGGGCGCCGUGCGUGCCACUGCCCCACGGCAGGGCCGCGCGGGGCCGCUGCCAUGUGCUAACACACUGUAUGUACAAAAUAAAGUAUUCUGAAAGUA